GUCUACAUAUAUGCGAAAGAAAAGAAGGUCUGAGAUGGAUCCUGACACAGCAAACUGCCAAUUGCCUUUGUUCAGUUUAGAACCGUCUCGGUUGGGUUUGUGCCUUGCUCCCCUUGCACAAGUCAAUGUCGACCAGUUUGUCGUGUCCGUCAGCAUUUCACCAACUUGUCGCCAUCUUCUGCUGGGCUUGGCAAGUUCCCGCGCUCUGUCUGUGGCCAGUCGUGAUCAUGCUCUUCCAACACUCUGGGCCCAGGUGUAUCAGAUUCCUACCAAAGUCUUUCAAGCUCAAAGAAACAAUCCGUCAACUACGGCUGCUAAUGCUGCAACUGCUGCUGGCCAAAAUAGUGUCGGCGACCUUCCGGCUGACCAAAUGCAACCGCUGUUAGAAAAGAAGCAGAGCAUUCCCCCGCCACAAGGCAGUUUGCUCCACGUACGUGAUUUAAGUCAAACGACUGACGUUGGAUUGACAAGUCUCAAUUGCAUUCGCUGGAUUCCCACUGCUGGGCAGGGAUUUGUAUUGGGAACCAAUAAAGGUCAUCUCAAGGUGAUUGAUUGAGAUUCUGUUGGGAUUUUUAUUCGUUUUUUUUUUCUUUAUUUUUUUCAUGUGUAGAAGCUAUGAAAAUUGAAAAUACAUUUCCCAGACGCGUUUCUAAAA